AUGCCGCGCAACGUGCGCCAGAAGAAACGCGCCGAGCGACGCGUCCAGGCGGCUGCCGCAGCCGCCGUCGAUGAGAGCAACAACAACAACAACAACAGCCUGUGCCCAGCCAGCUCUAGCAACAACACCAAUUUGAUGCACACCAAGAAGCCAAAGACAUCGCGCGCCGAUCCCAUCCUGGCAUCGCUCAGCAAGAACGCCCUGCGCAUGAGCGAUGUGCAGCUGCUGCACGGUCCGCACUGGCUGAACGAUGCCAUAUUGAAUUUCUAUUUCGCCUAUUUGGAGGAGAUCAAGUACAAGUCGAACAGCGACUUUCUGUUUGUCACACCGGAGAUGUCGCAGUGCAUGCUCUACAUGGACGACAAGGAGCUGCACGGACUGCUCGUCUCGCAGCAUCAGGUGCUGCGCAAGCCGUUCCUCUUCAUGGCGGUCAACGAUAGUGAGUCGCGCGACCGAGGCGGCGCCCAUUGGUCGCUGGUGGUGGCCUCGCGUCCGGACAAGAGCUUCUUUCACUUCGAUUCGUAUGGCGGCGGCAAUACGAGCAGCUCCAUGGAGCUCGUUAACAACAUCAAGGAUGUGCUGGAGAUGCAGCACGCUCGCUUCCGUGGCAUGCGCUGCCUCCAGCAGAGCAACGACUACGACUGCGGCAUCCAUGUCAUCUGCAUGGCCGAUCAGAUCACCGACUAUGUGAAUCGCUUUGACAGUGUCGAUGGGGUGCAGCCACUGCAUCAGGAUGUCAUCAAGGCCAAGCGCAAUCAGCUGAUCAAGCUGGUCGCCAGCCUCGGGCAGCAUAUCUAAGCAGCGACGACGACAGCGUACGCAUUCGAUCCGAGGU